AUGCAAAGUGCUUCAAAUUUAUGUGAUUUGAGCACAGAAAAGUACAUCAGUAGUAAUGAAUUGCAAAUUAAGGAGGUGGGUGAAACAGGUCUAAGAUAUGCACACCAAUAUAUCAGCUCAAUUUCUGAUCCAGGCAAUGAAAACUCGAGUUUAAUUGCCAAUGAAGCAAUCAAAGAGUUGAAGAAAUUUCUUGGUUUCCUGAAAGAUUCAACACCAAUAAAAGCAAUGCAUUCUAAGAGGGUUAAACAAGGUCCUCUGCCUAAAAUCCUAGGCAUAAACCCGGAAGAAAUGCUUGAUCUUCCUGUUAAUAAUUCGUAUCAGUUAAUAGCUUCCACUCGUCUUGUUCCUACCAAAGAAUUUAACUUCAUAAGCGCGCAAACUCAAGUUAUGAAUCGAUCAUAUUCUAAUCCUGUGUUGUGCAUGGAGGGAUCAACCACAAGUAGCAAGCAGAUAACCAUGCAGAGUUCAAUGUCAGGGAUUUUGAGUUUUAGUGAAGAUGCUAGUACAAAAUGUGCUUCUUCUAGCAGGACAUGCCAUUGCUCCAAGAAAAGGAAGAGAAGAGAAAAGCGAAGAACAAGAGUUCCAGCUAUUAGUGACAAAAUAGCUGAUAUACCACCUGAUGAUUAUUGCUGGAGGAAAUAUGGACAGAAACCAAUCAAAGGCUCUCCUCAUCCAAGGUAA